GACAACAACAAUAACAGUUAAUGUUGUUGUCUCUGUGUAGCCUACUGAAAGCUUAUGUCACAAAAGCAAAUUCCUUGUGUGUGCAAACAUACUUGGCAAUAAAGUUCUUUCUGUUUCUGAUUUUUCUGUUUCUGAAAAUAUAAAAGUAGGCCUAUGUGUAGGCUAUUAAGGCUAGUGUUCGCACGUUGUUCGUCAAGACAAGUUGAUGAUUAUUUAUCACCGAUAAACAAUCACUUAGUUGAAUCUCUCUUAUCACUAAAACAGGCAAAUGGUUUAAUUGAUUUAAACCCGUCAGGGACGUAUAAAAGGUGUUUAAGUGGUUUUGAACGCUUUUGGCGUUUUCACCGCGCCUUUCUUGGCAGCUGCUAAGCAACGGCAAUUCGGAGGCUGGUGUUAAGAGUAAGAGGGCGUGGCUCAAGUACAGCAUAUGAGGGAAGUCAUUUAGAACGCAAGCGAGCGCGCGCACUCACACUCUCUUCAGUGCGCGCGUCUCUCUCACACAUACAGCGCGUGCACAGCAAGAUAAUAUUAUUACACGCCUCUGUUAGCUCAGUGCGCGAGACGAGCCAGGUCCUGCGCGUGCACAGCUGAGUUGAGCGCUGAUGAUGAAGCUCUGUCUUCACACGCUCCACCGAAGAGAUGCGAGAAAUGAAUCAUGCCGUUUUUGUCAUGCAGAGCGACUUUAAGAGGAGAAGUUACACUCUGAGGGAGAUUUUUUGGAUGGCUUAAUAAGUUUGUGGGUCGUAUCAGGCUUUUUUCCACGAAGAUGUCAAAGUGACCAAAAAUGUCACUUUUGCCUUCAAUAAUACAGAAGAAAAUGAAGCGUCAUCAACUGAAAACAUAAUUUCAGUUGUGAGAGGAAGAGAUUGUGAUUCUCAGCAAUGGGGUGUGACAAUGCGACCAAUGGGACAGAACACUCGUACACCCUGCUAGUGGCCCUUCCUUUGAGCGUUCUGGUGGGGCUCCUCAUCCUCCUCAUCAUCUUCGGCAAUGUGCUGGUGAUCAUCGCCGUGUUCACGAGCCGAGCGCUCCGGGCUCCCCAGAACCUGUUCCUGGUCUCGCUGGCCUCUGCUGACAUACUGGUGGCCACUCUGGUGAUGCCGUUCUCGUUGGCGAAUGAGCUGAUGGGCCUCUGGGCCUUCGGGCAGGUGUGGUGUGAAAUCUACCUGGCCUUGGACGUUCUCUUCUGCACAGCCUCGAUCACUCACCUGUGCGCCAUUAGUCUGGACAGGUACUGGUCGAUCACGCAAGCCAUUGAGUACAACCUCAAGCGCACACCGCAACGAAUCAAGCGCAUCAUUUUUAUUGUUUGGGUCAUCGCUGCUGUGAUCUCCUUCCCGCCUCUUAUAACAAUGGAGAAAGAAGAGGGGAACACCUGUGAAAUAAACAGAGAAAAAUGGUACAUUAUUUCCUCUUCCAUUGGGUCGUUUUUCCUGCCUUGCAUCAUCAUGGUCCUUGUGUACAUCCGAAUCUACCAGAUCGCCAAGAAGAGAACCAGAGCGCCUCCUGGGGACCGGAGGAUAAAGGAAGCGGGCAAAAAGGAGAACGAGCUGGAGAAGGACCCCCACGAGAAGCUCAAUGGGGAUCCGAAUGUUGAACCGGACGACAAGGGCGAAAUAAACGGUGUGGACAUGGAGGAAUCGUCCUCCUCAGACCACAAGGUCUCCAACCCUUGCUCCCUCAAGAAGAAGAGCUCAAAGGGAAAGACCAAGCUGAGCCAAAUCAAACCAGGGGACAGCGACAAGCAUGAGGCCUGCCAGGCCACCAAGACCAGCAGGUGGAAGGGCCGUCAAAACCGAGAAAAGCGUUUCACUUUUGUCCUGGCAGUGGUCAUAGGGGUGUUCGUCAUCUGCUGGUUCCCGUUUUUCUUCACCUACACGUUGACGGCGUUUUGUGAGUGCUGUGUGCCCCGAACGCUUUUCAAGUUCUUCUUCUGGUUCGGCUACUGCAACAGCUCCCUCAAUCCCAUUAUAUACACCAUCUUCAAUAAUGACUUCCGAAGAUCCUUCAAAAAGAUCCUCUGCCGGAGAGAUAACAGGAGAAUGGUGUAAAUGGGCUGCAUUUUCCCUCCCUUUUCUUUAUCAAAUGUAAUAUAUCACCUGGUGUUUAAGGGAAGUACUUGUGUACUGUAAGCCAACAUGUUGUGUGUCAUUACACAACAAGGCCGAAGGGGAAAAAAAGACUCAUGCUUUGUACAAAUGCAACAAUGCAUGGUUAUGCAAUUACAGCACAAUAUGUGGCAGAUUCGUCCAUUUCAGAAAUGUAUUGUGUCGUUAUUGAUGUGUGGUGUGGUUUCGUAACUGUGAUAUUUUAUCAUCUGCCAACGUGGAGGGACAUUUACCAAGACAAUGCAUUACAAACCACGCUGAAUGUGAAAAACAAUUCAAAAAGUGCCAAAGGAGUAAGAAAUAUUGUUGAUUUGGACAGCUGCAAAACUGUCCAACUACACCGCAACGUGCAUGUCGAUGUCUUCUCACGGGGCCUGUUUAUUUCCCUGACAUAUUGUAUAAUUAAUUGUGAAGGUGUUGAUAUUUUGUUCGGUGGACAAAUUGCCUCCUUUAUCCCUGCCAGUAACGGUUCAUUUAAAAUAUUGCCGUGGACCAUUAAGCAAAAAGAUGUUGAGCUCGUCUGACUGGAACCUGACAUGCCGGUGUCAAAACAAAUUUCUCUGGCUUCUGAUGUAGAUUAUAUAUGUCACCCUAGAUAUAAUGGAUGGAUCUUUAGUGCCACACCACAAGCGAAUUACAGUGUUAGUUAUAGUCUGCAACUAAUAAACUGUGUCAGACAGGCUGUUGGUUUAGCUGGCGAAUUUGUAGAAACGCACAACAAAACAAGAGUUGAAUAUUCAGCAAGAUAUCGAAUGACUGACAACAGAGCUUUUCCAGGUCAAGGUGAGGUCAGGCCUCUUGGUGUGCUUUCUGUUCCCUUGGGAUGCAUGGAGAUACAAGAGAUAUCCAGUUGGUGUGAGAUGGAGUGAGUGUCCAGUCCAAUUGCUGUGUGACCGAGUAAAAUGGUUCAAAACAAAGGUCUGGAAUGACAUCUACAAACUACCUGUCACUGUGCAUUGUUGCCAUAUCUGAAAACGCUAAUCGUGAUACAUGACUCACUUCGAUAUAUUGGCUGUUUUCUGGUUGUCCUGGUUGUGCUCUCAACAUGUUUUGAGAUCUAAAAAAUGUGUUUGCACACACUAAAAAAGAAAGAAAACACUCAAAAAAAUAAAAAGUACAGAACA